AUGGGUAAGUCCUUGUGGAACUCAUUCCAUAUGGAUGGAUGCCUCACUUUCACUCAGCCAGGUGGUUAGCUAGAACACUGUUGUUCUGUUGGACUUUUGAGACUAUAACGGAUUGGAGUUGAAUUCCUGUAUUUAUUUGCUGCAGCUUAUUGACAUUUUAAUAAGGCGCCCUGAUUUGUAUUUUGCUGAAUUACUGUCAUUUCAAUUACCUGAAUUGGAUUUUAAUUAUUCUUUAGCCAUCUUGUGUGCGUGUUUUCAGUGGAAAGUAGGGCAUAAAUGCCAUAAUAGGGAAACAAUUCCACUUCGACAUCUUCCAUAGCAGACCUUAAAUGUGUGUUUUCUACAGUGUUGUUGUUCAGCAUGUUGUUUCCUUUUUAGAUGUAAAGAUUACUGAUGAACUGGAAUCUUCAGGUGAUGAGAUUUUGGCUGCAAUAACUACUAUACCAUAUGUCAUUGGUUCUCCUGCUCUUCCCACCUCUCUUCCUGAAGAUGAUAUUUUGGGGCCUACAGAUCAGAUCAUUUUAUUGCCUGCUGUGACUACCAGUGGUCCUUCUGUUGUCAUUGACCAGUCUUUCGAAGCAACAAGCUCUGGGUGGGCAGUGACUGACGGUGACAUCCCUACAGGAUUUGACAUGGGGGUGCAAGAUAUUGCUACUGAACUAGAUACAGUUGACAUCAUGAGGCCAGCAACAAUUAGUGAGGAUGGAAGUGGCUACUAUGCACUGCCUGAAACUCCGGAUAUGACUCCAGCUCCUCCACUGAAAUACGUCACCACCAGCUCAAUGACAACUGCAGCCAAAGGCAAAGAGCUAGUAGUCUUCUUCAGCUUGAGAGUAACCAACAUGCGGUUUUCCGAUGACCUCUUCAAUCGGAGUUCCUCAGAAUACAAAGCACUCGAACAGCAGUUCAUGCAGCUGGUAGGUGGCAAAGAAUUGGCUUUAAUACAUUUAUAUUUGCAAGCUGUUAGGCGCCCGCCCCCCGUGCCAUUCCCCAAGUUAAAAACAAAUUCCAAAUAAUGAGAAGCAUUUUAAAAAGAAAACUGGCACCUACUCUUCUUACUACCCAACCCUGUUCAUGAUGCUAAUCACAUGUGAUGAAGGGCAGCAAAGAAAUUUAAUGAUGAUGAUGAUGAUGUAGUUUCAACCUCAUCCCUGCUUCAACUUGGGUUGGAAGAGGAAGUCAAUUCACACUUAAUGGCACACCUAACCUGUACUUUCUGAAACAAUUGUUGUUGUUGUGUACUCGUUUAGUCAUGUCCGACUCUUCAUGACCCCAUGGAGCAGAGCACGCCAGGCACUCCUGUCUUCCACUGCCUCCCGCAGUUUGGUCAAACUCAUGCUGGUAGCUUCAAGAACACUAUCCAUCCAUCUCGUCCUCUGUUGUCCCCUUCUCCUUGCGCCCUCCAUCUUUCCCAACAUCAGGGUCUUUUCCAGGGAGUCUUCUCUUCUCAUGAGGUGGCCAAAGUAUUGGAGCCUCAGCUUCAGGAUCUGUCCUUCCAGUGAGCACUCAGGGCUGAUUUCCUUAAGAUUGGAGAGGUUUGAUCUUCUUGCAGUCCAUGGGACUCUCAAGAGUCUCCUCCAACACCAUAAUUCAAAAGCAUCAAUUCUUCGGCAUCAAUUCUGAAACAAUAGAAAACCCCAAACACACUAAUUUUUCAAAAUCCGCACUUCCCUGAAUUUUAUCUGGUUGUUCUUCACCUGAGUUGUGUAUUUAGCUAUGGUGGUGAUUAAAGUCUUCCUCUCAAACUGUGGCUCUAUCACCAGCACCUCUGGAAGAGGGGAAGCUGGAGAGAGAAUAUUUUAACUUCUCCCACAAAGCAGAGCCCAGCAGGCAUGAGAGGAUAGGGCCUCCCUUUUAGGUGUGCAUGAAGGGAAACCAGCACCAGAAGAUAAAAAGAAUGGCAUCCCUUGAACUACCUUAGCUACCACUGAUCACUCCUGCUGCCAUUGCAGGGCCGGACUCUUUUGGCUUCCUCAGCCAGAAGGCUAAGGUUGGAAGUGUGAAUAAUCAUAGCUGGGGGGUGCUAGCUCUCCUUGCCAUGAAAGAACAUAUAAAACAUGCUCAGUUAUUGGCUAUGCAAUGCAGAGCUCCCAGUAUACACAAAUACCCAUUGUUGACUUUGGCAGCUGGGACAUAAAUAUCCAAGGCUCACUUUCUCCUUUUAACAACUAACAACACACAAAACCCUCUUGAAACCAUAGAUCUGCCUUGCCUAUGGCUGCAAUUCACAUUUAAGCAUGUUUAAGUCCCAUUGAUUUCUUUUUUAACUGGAUUGCAGCCUAUGAAAUUUAAUUAGAAGGAAAAUCACACUCUAUCUAUCUUAAUAGAUUAUUGAAGAAGAUCUAACCAGAGAGACAGUUAAAGACUAACUGAGAAACUUAACCUGGUAGCAGAUGUAAAGUCUGCUAAUAAAGUCAGUGAAACAGAGCAGUUGAUUUAUGUUCCCUAAAAUGAAAAGUGAAAAUAAGUGGAAUCAAUGAUACAUGGGCAGUGAUAGAGGACUUAAAGCAGGCAUGUCCGAAGUCCGUUUCAGAGGCCUAAUGCUGCCUUCUGGUCAAUUUAAUCUGGCCCCUGUGGCAGUUUAUUUCCUGGGGUAAAAUCGUAAAAAACCUCAACAACUUCAAUCCUAAAAGAAGCUCAACAACUCCAACCCUUAAAAAAAAUCAACAACUUUAGUUGACCCUUUGGUCAGCCCCCACGGCCCUUCACUGCAUAAAAUCUGGCCCUCUUUGAAAAGUUUGGACACCACUGACUUAAAGUUUUCUCUUUUCUUUUUUCUUUUUGUAGCUUCUUCCUUACCUACAGUCCAACCUAACAGGCUUCAAGCAACUGGAAAUACUGAACUUCCGCAAUGGAAGUGUGAUUGUCAACAGCAAAAUGAAGUUUGCCAAGUCAGUGCCGUACAACAUCACAGAGGCUGUCCAUUGUGUGCUGGAGGAUUUUUGUGAUGCAGCAGCUCAGCGCCUUAACCUUGAAAUUGACAGCUAUUCCCUUGAUAUUGAGCCAGGUGAUGUAAAAAAUGGGGCAGUGGGGGAAGAAACAUUGCUCUCUCCUGCAAGCAUUUCAUGAUGUCGGUUGCUCUCUGUAAGACGGGUGGCCCGGGAAGAAUGAAAAGCCCCAGGUUGUCUCUAUGUCAUGAUCAGGGUCCCUCCUGAGAACCCAGUGAAACAUGGCACAGAGCCCAAGAGCUUAAAUAGCUGCUUUUUAUCAACAGAAAAUAGCAAUUGGGGAAAUGCGUAUUUUGAUAAGAAACAUUGCAAGAAAUAUAUGCAUUCUAAGCUAACACGAGGCACAUGUUGUUUGCACUUAUUUAUUUGUAACAAAAUGUAAAGCUCUUAAACAUUCCUUAAAGGUAAAGGGUAAAGGGACCCCUGAUCAUUAGAUCCAGUCGUGACCGACUCUGGGGUUGCGGCACUCAUCUCGCUUUAUUGGCCGAGGAAGCUGGCGUACAGCUUCCGGGUCAUGUGGCCAGCAUGACUAAGCCACUUCUGGCGAACCAGAGCAGCGCACGGAAAUGCUGUUUACCUUCCCGCCAGAGCGGUACCUAUUUAUCUGCUUGCACUUUGACGUGCUUUCGAACUGUUAGGUUGGCAAGAGCUGGGACCGAGCAAUGGGAGCUCACCCCAUUGUGGGGAUUUGAACCGCUGACCUUCUGAUCAGCAAGUCCUAGGCUCUGUGGUUUAGCCCAGAGCGCCACCCACGUCCCUAAGCGUUCCUUAGCAUUGACAAAAAGGUACCUAGAGAGAAACUGACUAUACUGCAUAUUUACUUUUAUUGAAAAAAAAGGAUGCAUAGGCCAAAAUCAAGGAAGAUAUUAUUUUGCCCACAGUCCAAAUGAAGCCAGUGGGAGUUCUGGCAAAUGUUCUAUGUACUUCACGCUUACAGAGAGCACCAACAGAAUCACUCAAGAGUAAGAGGCCCAUCCUGCCAAGUGAAGCAGCAGCAGGGAUCUUGUGCUGGGAGGGCCCAGCCUGGUGACUGAAACAAUCCUUCUGCAGCUGCAGGUCUGCUGCAGCUUUUCAUUGGGAGCAGCUCCUGUAGGGCUGUGGGGAGAUUUCCUAGCUGUUCAGUGCCCUGGCCAAUGUCCGGCCAAACAUCAUGUAGAACAUGGCAGAGAACUGAGUCUCUCUUUUAACGAAUUGACCUUUCCCACAAGCAAAUCUAAGAGUAGAAUGAAAACGGUGGACGACUCUUAGAAUGUGCUCCCAGAAUGUAUCUCACAUGUCUCAACAUAGCCCAAGGAUCACUUGGUUUUCUGGUCAACAUGCUGCUUUCAUUUAGUUACACUGCUGAUUUGCGCACACUUCCUAUGACAGCUGCAGCACUAAAGAGCAUCUGUUUAUUUGGCCACCCAUUCUACAAAACUGGUGAAAGAGUUCAUCAGGCAUUACAGACCUGAGUUCUCAUUCCUUUGAAGGGUCACACUUCAGGAACAUGGCAUAAUGGGCACUGAGUACCCUGCUGCGAGAUAAGCACAUGUUACAUUGAGGUUAUAAGCUUGGGUGGAGUAGGAAGCUGAGUGUGCAUUUUUAACAACAGAAAACUGUCUGCUGACCAAGGAAGGGUGAGGAGGCUGGCAGCCAGGCUACAGUAACUGAGAGAACCUUAAUGCAAGCACAGACAGUAACUGUGAGAAAUAUCUCAAGGUGGCAUAGCAACUGUGCAAUGUGAACUCCUUAUCUGAAGUUGUGUGUGUCACUGUGUACUUCAUGACUUAAAAAUGUUGUCUUGACAACAGACCUGAAGGAUCCUCCUUCUGCCUCACAUCCUGGAAUGUUGAUGCCGCAUUUAAAUGAGAUAAACAAGAUGGGUGUUAGAUUGUGUCCCUUUUCUGACUAGAACAAAGUUUGUGGAUUAAAAUGUGAGAUUCCAUGCAGCACUGUAAGCAAAACCAAACAUAGUUGACCAUUUGUUUUUAUGUACGUCUGAAGGCAUGAGACACUGCAGUAGCCAGACCUCCUCUGGGGGUUCUUCAGCACUGCAGUUUGAGAAGGUUGUAGACAUUUGGAGCUGGUUCAGAGGACAACGAUGUUCAAGGGUCCUGCAAAGAAGUCCUAUGAAGAACGGGUGAAGGAACUAGGUCUCUUUAGCCUGGAGAAGGGAAGACACAGAGGACAUGAUAGUUGUAGUCAGAUACCUGAAGGACUGUCACCUACAAGAGGGCAGAGACAUCUUGUCUGCUGCCCGAGAGGGCAGGUCUAGCUCUAAUGGGAUUAAGUAACAGGAUGACUUUAUAAAAGGAUUAGACAAAUUCAUAGAGGCUAAGGCUUCCAGUGACUGCUAAUCCUAAUAGCUAUGUUGUUCCUCCACUGAUGGAGGCAAUAUGCUUCUGAGUACCAGUUGUUUGAAAUCAUCAGUCAGGUGCGGUUGUGCUCAGGUUCUGUUUGUGGGCUUCCCACAAGCAGAUAAUAGAACAGGAUACUGAGACUAGAUGGGACACUGUUCUGAUCCACCAGGGCUGCUCUCCUUGUGCUUUUAUGAAGGUGGAUGUCAACUGAACGUUAGGAGAAAAUAAUUAAAGUUAAGAACAGUUCAACAGCGGAACCAUUUACCUGGGUGGCAGCACAUGAGAUUCUUUGGAGAGCCAUCUCUUGGGGAAUGCUCUUAGUCUGGAUUUAUUGCACUGAGUCUCCAGCUGUUGGGUCUCCAGCUGUUGUUUGACUACAACUCCCAUCAUCUCCGACAGGGUGCCAACUGGAAUAAAAUAAUGGGGGACCCAGGUAAGUCCCACCCUGCAUAAUCAAUCACAAGUUUCACAAAACAUUUGAAUGGCAACACCUAUCAACUUGGGGGGUCCCCUCAAAUAUUUUAUUGAGACACCCUAGGAGUUGGCUCCUAUGAUCCCUGACCACUGUUCCUGCUAGCUAGGGAUGAUGGGAGUUGUAGUCCAAAAACAGCUGAAAAUUUUGGGAAACCCUGGACUAGAUGAAUGAAUAAACUAUGAAUGAAAACUGAAGUCGACAAAUGCCUGACUGGUAUAUGUAGAAGAACAAAUAUAUCUUGCUUUCCUAUUAUUUGUUUUAAGGGUAGGAUGAAAACUCAUUACUUGAAAAAAUAGGAUUAUGUCUGAACCAACUUUGUUCCUAAGAUUCUGCAGAAAUAUAUAAUCUCCAGAUUAAAAGACGGCUUUUAUUUCAGUAUUGUAAACCGAGUUGGGGAUUGCUAACUAUAACGGAUAUUCUAAUAAAUUCUGUGCAAGGCACACAAUUACUUGAACCAGUUUCCUUAGCAUGUCCUAAAGGAUUUUUUAAACACUGUUACAUUCUCUUUUUUAGAAAGCCUGGGAGAUAUAAAAUUAAAAGUUCAGUGUUGUGGGAAAAUGAGAAAAAAGAUCUACAUACUGGUUCUCAGAUAUUUGGAGAUGAGGCAGACUGCCAAGGAAACUGAGCCAAGUGACACACGCAGCUAUGAGUCGCAGGCUUGUGUGGGUAGCAGACUAUUUCAGAGAGGGAAGAGGACUCCUUUCCGGAAAUAAAAGCCCUGCUGGAUCAGACCAAUGACUUGUCUUGGCCAGGAUCCUGCUUCCCACAGUGGUCAAACAGUUGCCUUCAGGAAUCCUACAAGGAGGGCUUGAGAGUAGUAGCGCUCUCCCACAGUUGUUCCUAGCUAGUGGUUCUAAGAGUUGGGAGAUCUUCAAGAUCUGAUAAUGCUGGUGGAUUUCCAAAAAGAUCAGUUAAGAAAUCUUAUGGCACUUGGAUUAUUUUAAGUAUUAAAAAAAUAAAUGUUAUAAUAAAUACCAGUGGUGUCAUUAGACCAGUGUUUCUCCAUCAGUAGACUAGGAAGCACUGGUGGGACUUGGGCCAUUUUCAGGUGGGCUUCUGUGCCUCAGCUUGUCCAGAGCCCCCUUACCUGACAGCCAUGCCAUAGCCUCUUGGUUGUACUAAUGCCAGCCCCGGCAAUUCCUUAUAUACUGAAUCAAGCUGGUUAGAACGUGGAGUGAAUUGUAUUAAGACAUGGAGAGGAGCACUAGAUACAGGGCUCCCACUAUUUGUAAUAGGCAACUCCAUUAUUAGUCUGAGCAUAUGACUGUCACAGGCAGGAGAAUCAAGUAAACAGAAAGCCAGAUCACCAAAGAAAAGAAUCUAUAACCGCAGCUUGUAAAUGCAAAAUGAUGCUGGCUCUUCUUCUUAGAUGUAUUUUACUGAUAGACUCGUACUUGUGGGGGGAGCUCCUGUUUCCCUCCUCAGUUAAGAGUAAGUUUUUGCCAAGUGUGCGUUACACUGCGGCAAUGGACCCAUUUUUUAAAAAAGAUUAUCCUUUUCUUUUACAGCUGACCAAGCGGAUCCUUGCAAGUUCAUGGGAUGUGACGAAUUUUCACAGUGCGUAAAGAACGACUGGACGAAAGAGGCCGAUUGCCUUUGUAAGCCUGGUUAUGUACGAAGAGAUGGCCUGCCGUGCCGUAGCCUGUGUGAAAUUGAGCCACACUUGUGUGUUAAUGGUGGCAAGUGUGAAUUGGUUCCAGGAAGAGGGGCAGUGUGUAGGUAAGUGUCAUCACUAUUGUAUUAUUAUGUAUUUAUUUAAACCUUUCUUUUUCCCUUGGCAGUGACUCAAGGCGGCUUAAAGGCGGGGGGAUAAGAACAGCUAAAAACAUUUUUUAUAUAAAUUAUUUGUUUUAAAAAAUCAUUUAAAACAAUUAAACACUAAUCAAACACACACACACACACGCACGCGCACACACACACACACAAUUAAAAACAUACAGAUAUUUAUAAUAACAGCAGCAUGGCACCAACCCUUUCAUUAAAAGAAGUCUGUUCCUUGUUGUCCUUCCGGAAAAGGAAGGAGCCAGUCUAGCUUCUCCAGGGAGGGAGUCCCAAAGUUUUGGGGGCAGCCACUGAGAAGGCCCUAUCCCCACAUCCCUACCAAGUAUGCCUGUGAGGACGGCAGGACCGAUUGUGAUUAUGAAUAUUGUGAAUAUCAGUGCUGCUGUAGAAAUUGAAAGAUAUUAUGGAAUCUAUUGCAUCAUGCAAACAGCAUCACAUGAUAGAAUGCAGCCAUUAUUCUUGGUUAGACGUUGACUAGGGAGGGAACAGUGGUUUAUGGCAUCCAUACAGAAAAUUCCCAAUUGUAAAGCUCUCUGGUAGCAGGACUGGGAAGAUCCCAGGAGAGCUCCUGCUUGUCAUGGUAACAGCACUGGCCUAAAUGGGCCAGUGCUAUGUUAUGCGCCUGUGCUCAGCAUCAAGUUUUUGGUUUCCACAUAGUCAUGUUGACUUCCGGCCUCCAUUGUUUGCCAUAAGCCGGAAUCUAUUUCAUGCAGCUCAGCAGAAAGGGCUUCAACGUUAAAGGUUAUUUUUGUCAGAUUUGAACAUUGCAUGUACUUGUCAGCUGUGUAAUGGACCAGACGCUUUGUUUAGAUUUAGCUCAUUUUAAGAAUCUGUAAAUUGAAGGAGGUAAUCUUGGGAGUUUCCUCAUAGCCUAGUUGAUAGAUACUGACAGGAAAUCCUUCAGUCGCCUCAUCAGGCAUAAUAGAAAAACAAAAUAAAAAUGCAAAUCUUCCUAUAUUCAGGCCUGUUAUGGAGAGAGGAAUGUACACGCUGGCUGGUAGCCUAUGCACCUGUUCUGCUAUUGCAAGGGGCAUGUGCUAGCAGAACGGAACACUUCCCUCCUCUCCCCUGAAGCCCCCUGCACACCCUCAAAAUCAGCUCCAGGGGUUGGGAGACCCUCUGGACAACAUUUUGGGAGUGGGUCAAGUGAGGAGAUGAAACGGAAGUGUCGCUGCACCAGCAGAACUCCACCAUGUUGCUUUGGCUACAAUCUCCUGCUUCUAUAUUCUAAAAUGGGAGGUUUGCCUUUCCUUGCCCCCUGGCACCUCUUUGAGGAAGACCUGCUCCAAGUUCUUUUCCUUAUAGGACCUUCCACCAUUCCAAGUGAGCAUAUGGAGAUUCCUGAGGUAAGUAUCUGAGGCUUCACCGUGCUAGUGGUGGGAGAUGUCACCGUAUAGGAAAUGAACCUGAAUGAACACACAUUUGCCUGUCAGCCACUUACACCACGUUAUUAUUAGCAAUUCUAUUACAGUGUUAUUACCAUAAUUUAUGUACAGCAUUUAUAGCAUACUCUAUAGCAGUCCUCAGGGUGUCUUAUAAGAAGAAAUCAAACAGUUUAAAAGUUAAUAUGGAACCAUAGAAUUACAGAGUUGGAAGGGACCCGGAGGAACUCCCUGCAAUGCAGGAAUAUGCAGCUGUCCUAUGGGGCAUCGAACCUGCAACUUUGGCAUUAUCAGCACCAUGUUCUAACCAACUGAGCUAUUCUAUAAAUGACUGGCAUUCAGUGGAGUCAGCCCCCUUGUGGAAUUGACAUCCACAUGAGCUACAGGACUUCUCCUUCACUCUCUUGCCCCUGUGUGCCUCCAAACUCUGCUCUGAAUGGCUGUGGGGACCCCUGGAGCAUAUCUGAGUUGGGGAAAAGAUAGGAAGGGGAAGUUCUACUGGGUCUACUCACACGCUGAUAAAUAUAAAUGCAGCAUAAAAAGUGGAAUAAAAGGGAAAGUCCUAAAACCUAACACAGGUUAAAGGGUUUAGGACAGGCAUGGAGAACUUGUUUUGAAUUGUUUUUCCUGCAUGCCCUUGGUCUUGUUUUGACAUAAAACUGCUUUGCUUCCCUUUCCCUCCAUGUUUUAGAUGCCCAGCCCGUAGAAACAGCCGAGGGCGUUGUGCAAAAUACGCUCCAGCACCUACCCGGUCCAACAUCUCCAAAGCUUUGAUGCUUGGCUUAUUAAGCCUAGUUAUUCUUCUCGUCACUUUAAUAUAUAAGUUGCGAAGAAAAUGCAAUACCAAGCCUAAACUGGAGUAAGCAGCUUAACCCUCCCCCAACAGUUUUUUGGAACUUUUAAAAACUACAGGCAGGAAGUCUUACCCUAAACAAACAUGUUCUGCCUUGUAGAGGUCCUCCUCUCAGCCAAAGCAACACAGAGAAUGCUGUCAGAAUUAAUCCUGCCUUUGACCACCAUGAAUCCAUCAGUAGUUUGUGUCAUGGUCCAUGUAACGUAAGUGCUUGUAUCAGUCCUUCAGAGAGCAGUGAUCAAGGAGCAUUGCAAAAGCAUGAGUACAGAACAGAGCAUGGAGGUAAAAUGCAUGCAAAUACUACUCGUUCCUCUUCAACAUGUGUCUUCUCUGAGUUGCCCUUGUUAACAACCAAUUUCAACUUGCCUUUGGUGUUCCACAACUAAAAAGGACUAACCCUCACUGUCUCUAAAAUCUCUUGUCACAGCUUCAGACCAGAACAUUCUUGUUAGCACUUCUGGGCUGUUAGCACUUUCUGCUCUAGCUUUUUGGCUUUGAUGGCUUGCCUAGCAUGCAGUAAACAUUCAUAUCCUUCUUUUCCUUACAGGCCACCUGAUACAAAGCAAAGACUGAUGAGUUAGUAUCUGACGCCCUGAAUUCUAGGCAACAGUCAGCGGACAUAAAGGUUUGUGGGUUUUCUUUUUGUAAAUAGCUAUAUAUUGUGUGGAAACCUCCUCUAAAUAUAUAUACCUUUGAGAGUCAGAACCCACCCUUCAUGUAUUUAUUUGCCACUGCUAUAGUUGAGCCCUUUUUAAAAUAGCCUAAACAAUCAUUGAAGAGUGUUGUGAAAGUAAAAGAAAACUUGAGUGCUACAAGGCCUGGUACAAACUACUAAAGGAGAGGAUCUUGGAGUAUAAGCUGGAUUCUAGGGGUGAGCAAAAAUGUCUUUCUGUCGUCAUCCCCCCUCCCUGAAUUCUCUGCCCAACUUGUGGGGAGUAGCAUGGUGUGGGUAUUGGAGGAGGUAAGCAAACAUACAUUUUUGUUUGCACUGGUAGAUGAAGGUAACGAUGGAGUAAGGCAAGGAUGGAAGGAGGACUAAACGUUUUGCUUCCUUCAGCAAUUCUAAACAGUAUUAAUACUGGAUCUGUAUUUAACUCUGUUAGUGGGCAAUAGGGGGGGUUGCCAAAUACUCUUGGUGGGAAUGGAAGUACCCAACAAUUCAGAAGGAGUCCAAAGAAGAAAAUAUUCUCAGAAAAUGUAAUAGUUAUUUUCUGAUAAAUUUUGGCCAAUAAUUUAUCUCAAGAGAAGUCUAAGGGGUGGGUCAAGUGUCACUCCAGAAAUUAACUCUGGAAUUUGAGGGAAAGCUCUGUCUUUUGAGUCAAUGUUGGCCACAUUAUUGGCACUUUGUUUCCACAGAUUUUCACCAAGAGGACUGCUGGUUAUACCAAGUUCACUCACCUGGAUAA